UAAACAUAUUUCAGCUCCGUAAAACUACACUUCCCUUCCCUUCCUCCCCAAUAUUACACAAACAAUAUCCGGGUCAGAGGAAGCGAAUUUCCGCGCCCUUUCGCUUUCGUGAUGGAUCCCUAAACAACCUGCGACACUUCAACUGUACUACCGAAUUAUGGACUAAAUGAAACUUUAACAUUUGUACUUCAAAUGCAGAAGACUUGGUGACAAAGGAUAAGAUAGAAGUAUGUUACUUCCGUCUGACGUUGCCAGACUUGUCCUGGGCUACCUGCAGCAAGAGGGGCUCACUGCCACAAGUCGAGCUUUCAUCUUUGAAAGUCCAAACCUGAAAGAGUAUGCUGAGCACAGUUCAGAGGAUGGGGUCAUCCCAGCUUGUGUGUUUUCUGUUUUUGGAAAAAACCUGAUCACGAUUUUAAAUGAGUAUGUUGCUGUUAAAGCAAAAGAAACAAGUCAAGAAAAUCAAAUACCAGCAGUGAUGACGUCAUUAUGGAAAAAGCUUGAAUUCACGCUCAACCAGAUCAAGUCUAUGCAAAAUUCUCCUUCCGUGCAGCAGAAUCAACGAUUACGGACUAUGAAUAGCAUUCAAAGCAUAAGACUACAGCAGAGACCCUUGUCAGCAUUGCAAUCUCCCAUGUCUGGGAAUCUGCCAGUGACUCAAGCAGGCCAGUGUGUCCCCAGUACUGUGUCAACCCCUCAAGGCAUGCUGGGACAUUCCACCCCGGUGUCUUACACUGCUCAGCAUACAAGACCCUCCACUUUCUGCUUUACUCAGCCAGGAGAGUCACCAUUGCAGAUAUUGGUCCCCGAUCAAAGACUGAAUCCAGGACCUUUGUCUCCUGCCCGCAGAAAAUGUGACUCACCAAGGCGGAGGGGAGGAGGUCAGUUGGGUGCCAGUGGGACCAGCAGAAAUUCGGUAGUGUCCAGCACUCUUAUUGUGGAAACUCAGAGUGAUGAGACGGUGGCUGAGAACUUGUCUCAAAUAGUCAUAGAAAAUGCCAGAGAAAAAAUUCUCAAUGAUAGAUCCUUACAAGAAAAACUUGCUGAAAACAUCAACAAAAUCUUGGCAAGUGAUAAUAGUCCCCAGACAUCAAAAAAUGCCUGCAGUACUGUGGAACAAGAACAGUCAAUUGAUGAAAUCCUGGGCCUCCAGGGGGAAAUUCAUAUGACAGAUUAUGCCAUCCAGGACAUACUGGCACAGACGGAAUCAGACCCGGCAUUUCAGGCACUCUUUGACCUCUUUGAUUAUGGGAAAAAUAAGAUGACUGAGGGCAGCGAACAGGCUGAUGGGAGUUUCAGCUCUAAUGCACAGGAGGGUGACCAUGUUGACAGUGCCUCUGAGACAAGCAACGGACUUGAGGAUUCCACAUCAGGGGGAGAAGGUAGUGCAAGGAAAUUAAGAAAUCUAAAAACAUUGGAGUCCAAAAGCAAGAAUAUAUCUUCAUCGGUUCGUAGCGUGUCAAGGUCGGCUGCCACAACUCCACAGCCACGUACAGUAACCAAACAAACAGCUAAUGGACGAGGAUCCACAAACAUAAAGCGAGGGUUAGUCAGGACCAGAGUUUUAUCCGGAAAUAAGCAAACCAGUGGAGACACUUCAACUCUAAAGUUGAACAGUAAUGCGGAUUCACGUGCACCUGACCAAACCGUGUCAAGCUCAUCCUUCUUGGAGGAUGGAGCAAGUAUUGAGAUAGAUGAACCACAAAACGAAACUUCAGAGAACGUAAAUAUUCAUAAUCCAUCAAUGGCCCCUCCAGAGUGCUCUAACGCUACCAAAAUCAGCCAUCAAGUCACUGUGUCAAAUAAGCCACCACAAACCACUUCCACAGCUGUUAAUAAAUCCAUAAAUGAGACAGAGAGGGUAGCAGGAAUGAUUGGUGGACAUUCUGGAUCAAAUUUGGACAUGACAGGAACCUCUGUAUAUCCCAUCCAAAGUGAGGCUUUGCCCUCACAUAAUUUAUCCCAACCUGACAUGGACAUAUCUGCCAGAAUGGCUUCACACACCUCAAACAAAACUUCUUUAACCCCAACUUGCACAGAGCAGAAAGAUUUAACUCAGCCCAACCAUGUCAGUAGCAAUCCCACCACAGCAAGUGCUUCAUCUGCAGCCAACAUUACUCCAUCUACCUCAGGUGUUUCUGAUCCCCAGGCCAAGGAACCUGACCCCGGUAAGAUUGUGUCUCUGAAAAUCAUCAUCAGUGAAGAACAGGAGGAGCAAUCCAAUGAUAUGGCAUUGAACCAGGCUGUUUCCAGCAUCACUGGUGACCGCAUCCCUACCAUCUUCCUGUCCUCCCCUGCCAAAUCUCCUGCCAAGAACCUGCUUACAUCAGUCAUAACGCAAGAGGAAACAGCCCAGGCUGUGAGCAGCUUGCAGGGGGUGGAGGGUGUUGGAUCAUUCGGAACACCUACGAUGAGUGUUCAGAGUAAAGCACAGCCUACGCCGGCACGUCCCUCAGGUCAGGAAACUGGUUUUAUUCAGCUUUUGCCUGCUAACCCCACCUUUGGGUCGUCAGGCGGCUAUUUUGUUGUUACCAAUCCGGCUGUCGGUGAGCAGCGGACGAAUGUAGUGCUGCUUCCGAGUAACUUGCCUCAAGGGACUGUGUCUUCUACGCCACAUGUGGUAGCAACACCACCUCGCCAGAGGACUGUUGUGUCCAUGGGUCCAAAUGUCUCUCAGUCCUUCUCGCCUGUAGGAUCCACAAUCAUUAUAUCUUCACCAGUUCAGCCCAUGUUACAAAAUGUGAUGGUUCCAGUUUCAGUGAUGGGGCAAAAUACUGGAAAACUCACAGUCCUUCCCAAUCAGAUGUUGACUUUGCCUUGUUCAACCACUGUAAGGCAACCAGCAAAAGUUAUGUCUCAACCUAAACUGGCACCUAAGGAAAACACUGACACGGGCAACCCGUGCACAUCUGGAUCCAGCCAAGUUUCAAAAGUGCUUCCCCUGACCACUCAGAACACUGACCUUCAAAAGAGUGGCAGUGCAACAAGCCCCAGCCAUCGAAGGAUACUUUGCUUUGACGUCACACCUGAAAACACUGCAGCUGGCCAGAGUUCCACACAGACAAGCACUCUCACAUCUUCUGUUUCUACAUCUUCCCCACCUCAGCAGGGUGAUAAGGAAAUCAAACGGACUGAACAGAACCCGCUUUUAAUUUCUGACGCCAGUAAAAGUUGGAUAAAAACGAUUAAGCUGCCUCAAAUAAAUCACAGUGCAGGUAUAAAGGACUCUGAAAAAGCCACCAUACCUCAACAACAAAAAGAAGCCCAGAAAAGUACAGUGUCUGAAAAGGGAACAAAUCUUAAUGCUGUAAGUACAAAGUCUUCCAACAAAGCUCCAACUAAGCCUGAGUCUUUCAUUAGAUCAGAAUCACCGAAAAAAUCACAAGUAUCGGACAAGGUUGAUGCUGCACAGAGCAUGAAGUCAUCUGGCCAGGGGCAAAAGCAGAAACCACUAAGCAACACAAGGGAUAGUACACAAGAAGGGUCUCAUGAAAGGAGGUUUUCAAAACCAGCAGAGAGUUCCUCAGAGAAGGUCUCCUCACAAGAGUCUCCUGGUGUCACUGCAAACAAGGAAAAUGAGUUGGAGGGCCGUCAGCAAGAGCAGCGUCAGACAACUGAACACCCUCCAACUGAACACACUCCAACUGAAGAUCUUGUAUCUUCUACAGUUAAAUCUGCAGCACCCAUAUCAAGCACUUCCAAUAAACCUUUAUACAAGACGAACCCAUUGACUAAACCGGCCGUUGAGAUGCUGCAGGACAUACAGUGCCAGGCUUCCGUGGCUACUCCGCCAAAGAGGCAGGGGGCCAGUUGUUCAGAUCUCCCAAUCCCAAGAACACCUGGACAAGGGCAUACACAAGUGGACCUGACGGAUGGAUUGAGAACCCCGUCUCGACAGAGGCUCAUACGGGAGGGUGAAGGUACGCCAAGGUGCCUCCCCCUUCCUGUCACACCGGAUAUCCCCUCCUGCAGUCCUGCCAGUGAGGCGGGCAGUGAGAACAGCAUUAACAUGGCUGCCCACACCCUCAUGAUCCUGUCUCGUGCUGUCAGGACAGGAGGUCCUCUGAAAGACAGCUUGCGUCAGGAGGAGGCCAGUGCUGGAAAAUCUUCUGCCCCUAAAGGAAAGAAGCGGAAGCACAUGGAACCAAGUCCUCCUGCAAAGAAAGAGUUACAGCUUUCUGGCUCCUUGGGCAGUAAAAAGAAAUUGAAGAAACAGAAAAAGCUGUUGGACUCCUUUCCAGAUGACUUGGAUGUGGAUAAAUUUCUGUCAUCCCUGCACUAUGAUGAAUAAUGAAGCUAAGAGAGAGUGGCCUCCAUUUCAGGGACAUAUCAUGCCAUGUGUGCUAUUGAGAGUGAUAAAACGGAGAGAUACCAUCUAUUCAGAAGGGAACCAAUCCUGAAUAGCUACUUUCCAUUUUUACCCACAUAAUGUGACAUUGCACAUAAACACCAUAUUUACCUACCUAGUAAUCAUGUUCAUAUGAAAGUGUUACCUUUCAACAUGCUGUUAAACAGUCAUAGACUAAUUUAGCACUCUUCACAAUAAAAAAAAAAAAAGGAAAUAAUUGAAAACAAACUGUAAUAUUCACUGUAUAUGUGAAGAGUGUCUGAUCAGCUGCUACAUUACAACAGCUGUUAUUCAGUUCACUGCCUCCUUUUCCAUUAAUUGGAACUUGUACAAAUCAUUUUCUUUGUACAGCUUCUAGGUGGCAUUCUUCCUUUACAGUAAGGAGAUUCCUUUUCUGUCCAUUAAAUGGUUAAUUAUUAUGACUUGUUUUAAUAAAUCAGUAUUUGAUUGAAUAUUUAAUGUAUUUUUGAUCUCUGUGUAAUUGCUUUAAUCAAAAACACACAUGACUGGUUUAUUUGGAGCAUUUUAAACUCAAAGGCUUUCAGCAGUUACUGUACAUGCUGUCCAUACUUCACUGUUAUAUAUUUAUAAACAACUUUACCUUUAUUCACAGCUCCCAAAAACAAAUGUUUCCCAUAAAUUUGUUUUCAUCACAUCUUUAAUUACUGGAGAUGACUGAAGUGAUAUUAGAAAUCAUAUUUGAAAGUAAUUAAAAACAUAUUUUCACAAUUCACUAAAAACAGAAUGUUGCCAAGCAUGUAUGUGUUAAACCAAGAGAAUGCUCAUGUAAACAUAUUUUUAAGGUAAAAUGAGGCCAUUCAGAUUGAAAUCAGGACAAGUAAAUUCCUGUCAAGCCUAACUGCUUUGUAUUCUCUAUACUUUUAAUUCUCUAUACUGAGUUAUAAUCCCCAUGACAUAUUAAUAACAGCAAUUUGGAGGAUGAGCUGGUUAGACUUUUCAUCUUUUUAUUUGUUGCUUACCAGUCUUGUUUUUAUUACUAAUCCCAACUAUUUAGGUAAUUGUGCAAUAUAUAACAUUUAUAGCCAUGUCAGUUUAUAUCAGAGACACCGUGACUCUGUGGUGUUACGAGUUUUGCUUAAUAGUGCUUUUACCUUUUUUUGUCUAGCUUUCCUUUCAAUAUAUUUUUUUCUGAGGUAUCAAAUUCAAAAUGGAAAUAAAAUAAAAAACAGCUAUAUUUUAAUACUUUGGAUGCACCUAAAAGUUUCAAAAAUUAUAUUAAUGGAUUUUGUUGGUGCUAAACAUUUAACCAAUAUUCUCACAUACUGUUGUUCAUUGUAAUCUCAUAGGAGUUGUGGUGGCAUAGUGGGCUAAAGCACAUAACUGGUAAUUAGAAGGUUGCUGGUUCAAUCCCCACCACCACCACCAUUGUGUCCUUGAGCAAGGCACUUAACUCCAGGUUGCUCCAGGGGGAUUGUCCCUGUAAUAAGUGCACUGUAAGUCACUUUGGAUAAAAGUGUCUGCCAAAUGCAUAAAUGUAAAUGUAAUCUGCAGCUGAAUAAUUAUUAUGCUUGAUGUUUAAAUAUAUUUGAAAAGAA